AUGGAAAUUAAUGACAAAGACUAUUUUUUACAUUUCAGUUAUGAAGAAUUAAAAUUAGCAAAUAAAAAAUAUAAUUUUAAAGAAAUUAUAUUACCAAAAUUAAAUUUAGAAAUUGAUUUUCAAUUAAAUUGUUUGGAUGAUUUUGAAUUGUUAAUGGUGAAAUUUGCAGAACAUUUUCCAUAUAAUAAUAUUGACGUUUUAAAAGAUGGACCAACAAUCGAUAUGGAUUAUAUUGUUGAAACAAUGAUAGAGAAAGAGGUUGGCAAUAUUUGUUUAAACCAUAAUAUAUUAUUUGGUAUGUUAUUACAAGAAUUUGGAAUAAAAGUUCAAUUAAUUAAAGCAAUUGACGGUGGAGAGAAUUUGGUAUACCCAAAUAUCGGACUUCAUUAUUGCAAUGUAAUGGAAUUUAAGAAUAAAAAAUACUUGGUUGAUGCUUGUUUCACUUUUCUAUCUUGUUAUUUUCCAAUUGAAAUUGGCAAUGAAAUUGGUCAAUCUCCAAAAUUAACAAAUAAUACAAAAAUAUAUAGAAUCAUUGAAAGUGAAACUGAAAAUGGUGUUUUAAUAUAUCAAGAAAAAACAAAUUCUUUAAAUGAUUUUGUAAAUGUUUUCUCUUUUAAUUUAAAUCCAAUUUCAGUUGGUCAAUUGAAAUAUUCUGCAAAUUAUUUCGUAGAAUUUUCAAAUAUAUUAACUGGUCUUGUAUUUUUUUUAAAAUUCGACGAAGGUUUCUAUUACUAUACAAAUGGAAUUUUUAAAAUUUCUUAUGAAAAUGGUACUGAUGGAAUUAUUAAUAUUAAUAAUAAUACUCCAUUAUUAAGAAUAAAAAAAAAAUAUUUUUAA